AUGGCCGAGAGUUUUCACAUCCCGGGCGACCUGGAUGACCGACUUAAUGUGGUGAAGCAACAGAUCAUGGAGCUCUAUGUCCUCAAUAAAAAGUUCAAGCAGAAUUUCGAGCAGCUGUCAGGGGCAAUACUGCACGCCCAGAGGAACCAGCUUCUGGACAAGGAAGAGAUCUUGAGGCUAGAAGAGUUGAACAGGGUGGCGAAUGCUGCAAAGCACGAAGGGCUCGGAAUAGAUGAUCCUGCUGGAAAUGAUGAGCUCGGCGAAGAUCGAGAUGUGGUACCUGUCGGUGAUUCCGUCGGUGAGCUCAGCCAGAGAUAUGCAAAGCUGCUUGGGCGUGAUCCGGUGAAGGCUGACCUGUGUUUUCGCUACAAGCCACGGCCUGGUAACAUGGGGAACUUCAUCGCCAUCGCUUGCUUGCAAUCACUGGAUCCCCCCGUGGAGUUUGUGGGUGAACCUUCUCGCUUGAAGCAGGGGGCGAAGCAGUCGGCAGCAGUGAAAGCAUUGGAAUAUCUGGAGGCUCAGGGCGACAACAUUCGCAUCACGCAAGGCGAAAGAUCCUUGCAACGAAAGAGAUGUUGGAUUAACGUGGAACUGUCGCAGAAUGGUCUUGUUGCGGAUUCUCCAGGGGAAGCGAGUGAGUGCUCUGCUGUCGACCCGGGAGUUGUGAGGAACUCAUCCAAUGCGAAAGGUGCGCUUCUCGAGUUUCUUACCAAGGAGAUACGUCGGCCAUUGGAGGAAGAGGAGGUGGAAUGGCUUUCCAACUAUCAAGAUGGCGCAUUUCUAGUCACGCUGGUUCUCGAUGUUGAAGGCUGGGCUGUCGGCAGUUUUGUGAGCAGUCCUUUUGCUCGAAAGAGAGAUGCCGAGCAAGAUGCUGCCAAGUUAGCAUUGGCACAGCUGAUGAACACUAGGACUCGUCGACCGCGUGCACUUCCCACGACGCUGCGGUUGCCUGCAGACAUCACGGUGGGCACCCUGCUGGAACGCUAUGUCCCGGAAACAAUCGACAGAAAUAUUUGUGAAGUCACUUGGGCGGGGUCUGUGGUGGAUGACCCAGUGCCCUUGGGUAGCCUUGCAAGCGAUCCACUUUCACUAGUUCUGCAGGAGCGGCAGGCUUGGUGA